AUGUUAGCAGCGAGUAUCACUCCGAGAGGAGAGGUGGAAGAGAUGCUGAUUGCGAUCUCCCCACGAAAAGACUGUCGACUCAAAAUAUCGAUGCCUCCUCCAACGGUGGAAACAGAUGAGGAGUUGCUGGUAGCCAGUUUCGAUGGAUCGGCUAGGAUAAAAAAGAAAGGAGGGUCGUUCAGUGCCGUGAUAUGGAAGUUACCCGAAUGGACGAUCGUGGCGGCCGAAUCGAGAUAUGUUCACGAUCUGACUGUGAAUGAAGCUGAGUAUAAUGGCUUGCUACUGUGCUUUGAGUUACUCGCCGAUCUGGAUAGGGGGCGAGUAAUACUGUGA